AUUGGGUGGCGCGCCUCGGGGCAUGCCGGGAACGGUAGUCCGCGCGGGUAGGCGGGGGCCGGGUAGGGCGUGGGCGGGAACUACAACUCCCGUCAGACUUUGCCGCUCCCGACCCGCUUCCUGCCCGAGGGGUCGGACUGAUCCCAAUGCGGGCGGUGCUGAUUGGCUGAGAGCCGCACUCUCCGUUCCUCCCAGCCAAUCGGCGUGCGUUACACUGCGUGCUGCGCGAAGCCGGCAGCGGAGCGCAAUGUUCCUGGUCGGGCUCUCGGGUGGAAUCGCGUCGGGGAAGAGCACGGUGGUGGCCGUGCUCCGGGAACUGGGCUGUGCCGUGAUUGAUGCUGAUGUUAUUGCCAGAGAGGUGGUGCAGCCCCACCUGAAGGCCUAUCAGCAGAUCGUGCGUUGCUUCGGCCCCGAGAUCCUCCAGGAGAGCGGAGAGAUCAAUCGCGAGGCGCUGGGAAACAUCAUCUUCUCCCACCCGGAGAAACGGCGGCUGCUGAACGCCAUCACCCACCCCGAGAUCCAGAAGGAGAUGCUGAAGCAAGUCUUGAAGUACUUUGUGCUAGGCUACCGCUAUGUGAUCCUCGACAUCCCUCUGCUCUUCGAGACCAAGGGAUUGACCAAGUUCAUGAAGCACACCGUCCUGGUUUACUGCGACCCGCAGACCCAGCUGGCACGCCUGAGGAAGAGGAACGGGCUGUCCCAGGCUGAGGCCGAAGCACGCAUCGCCUCGCAGCUGCCGCUGGAUGAGAAGCGCCGUUUGGCCACUCACGUCAUCGACAACUCCGGCGACCGCGAGAGCACGCGCCAGCAGGUGCUGCGGCUGCACGCGAGGCUGGAGGAUUCCCUGGACUUCCUGUGGGCACGGCUGGCGGUGGGCACAGCCGUGGCUGCGCUCGGAGGGCUGCUGUACCUCCUUCUCCAGCAUUUCAUCUCUUAAUCCACCUUUUUAGGGUUUUUUUUUUUUUUUUUUUCUUUCCUCAGUUGUUUUCCAAAGGCCUGGAUUUCCAGGUUUGAAAAGGGCACUGAAAGGCCGCCUGUUUUAAUGAGCUUUGCCAGCUGAAUGCAGACAGUGGGGUGAGGUUUCUUCUACUGACUUCCCAAGGUGAAUGUAAGUUUUCUUCCAGCGCCGUCUCCCAUCUCUGUUCUUUAACUUUCUGCUCAGGGUCUGUGCCCAUCUUUGAGUGGGACAGCUCCCAUGGAGGGGAUGAGGUCCUUCUUAACCCCAUGGAGAUCUGAAUGGUGGCAUUCCAACCUGUGGUGAAUUCAGGCUCUUCAGCCUCUUUCAAGGCAAUCUCUUUAUGGGGGAAAUAGGUGGGCUCUCAGGCCUGGUUCCUGCUGCUAAAUGUCCCCAGGUUGAUCCCCUGGGACUAGAUAUGAAAUUUCCCCUUCUUUUGCUUUAAACCUGUGGUUGUGAACCAGCAGCAUGCCAUUCCCAAGGGCUGCUCGCAGACCCUCUGCCCUGUGUUUCUGCAGCCUAAACAACCCCAUGUUUACCUUUCAAAGGGGGAUGUUGCUGAGGGUCUGAUGCACCCCCAGAGGGGCUGAGACCUGGGGGCUGCCCCAUGGGAAGGCACUACUGGAGACGAUGAGCCUGGGCGAGGCAGGUGCUGGCUCUUGGCGUUUGUUUUAAUAAAGCACUAACCAGCAGACGGUUCCCUGUGGCUCUGAGAUUUCCGGGCUGCAGCGCUGCUCUUUUCCUGGCCUUCUCCCAGGCUGUUCCUAUGCUGGGGCACGGCUGCGCUCUGUAAAGUUCAUUGUGUGCAAGCAAAGCUUACGAGCACACUUAUGUGUUCCUGAUGCAGAGCCUGGUUCCGGUCCCAGGAGCUCUGCAGCCUUGGUUCCUGCAGGGCCGUGGCUCAGCCCUGGCCCUGAGCUCUGUUCUCAGCUCUGGGUUCUUGAGCACAGAGUGCAGUGGGGUGUCCAGGUCCUGCGUUUGGUGUGACUGCAGGGACCUGUGGAUCUCGGCCCUGGGCUGCUUAAUCUGAGCAUCCCAGCACAAGCAAUAACCCUCCGUCAUGCCCCUCUCCUGCUUUUUAAUGUGCCUUUAAUUGCAGUGGUGAUGUCGGGGCCGGGAGUCCCUCCCAGCAAGCCAUAAAUCAGGGCUGGAGCAGGACAGGCUAAGCCAGAGAUAAGCACUGAUUGCGUUCCUCCCUCCCGGCUCACUGCCUCCGCGAUAAAUGGGGCUGCGAUGAGGCCGGGGGCAGCGAGGCUGGCACAGUAAUCACAUUUGGCGCUCCGCUCCCGCCCCGCUGACGUUUCCCAGGCACUAAUGAGUUUAGUAGGGCCAAGGGAAGGCUGAUUUCAGGGGGGCUGAGAGGCGCAGUGCUGCCCAGCAUGGGGAUGGGGAUGUGCGGUGUCCGGCUGUGGGGCUGAGGUGGACUCACACCUUGUGUCCUGGCUGCACAGCUGGCACCCGUGGGGAGGAAUUGGAUGCUGCAUCCCCACUGUAUUUGUCCUUCUCUGGCUGCCAUGUCCCUCAGACUUGGGACUGAGGGAGCUGGGGACACACCCCGUGGCCACAUCCCUGACCCUCCCAGGGGCACCCUGCACUCAACGGCUGUCCCCACCGGUGACAAAUGGCUCAGCUCCGUGCCAUUGACAGCUCAAUCAAUGGCUCUGGAGGGAACCCGAAGGGCAAUGCACAUCCAUCUGGGUACUGCUUGAGACCUUUGUGCUUGUGACACUGGUGGCUGCCACCCAGCAUGGGUCUGUGGAGGCACCCAGGUUGUGGGGACAGUGCAGUGUCCCUUUGUCCUCAGGCACGGGUGGGACCCAACACCCAGGGAGGAGCCCUUGGGGACAGGAGUAGAGGGCUGAAUGGUGUCACUCAUGGCACCGGUGUCACAGUCGCUGUCACCACGUGGUCCCUGCAGCAUCACACAGUGUCACCAUCACCACACGGUCCUGCACGCGUGGCACAGUGCUGCAGCACAGCCCCGCGGCGUCACCGCUCCGUGGUGUCACAUGGUGUCACUGUCACUGCACGGUGCACGGGGUGUCACUGUUGCUGCCUGGCCACGGGGUGCCACACAGUGUCACUGCGGCUCCCAUGGGUUGUCACACGGAGUCACUGUCACUGCCUGGCGCAUGGGGUGUCACACAGUGCCAUGUCAUUGCAUGGCCCACGGGUGUCACCCAGCCUCACGUCACCACUGUCCCGCAGUGCAUCGCACAGCAUUGCCAUCAGCGCGUGGCCUGCGGGUGUCACCCGGCGUUGCUGUCACUGCAUGGCCUGUGGGGUGUCACGCAGUGCCACUUGGCAGUGCCACGGCCACUCCCCUGCACAUCCUGUAGGCCGUCACCCCUGCCACUGCACGGUCCCCAACCCACUGGGAGAUGCGUCCCCGUCGUCCCCAAUGCACUGGGGAACGUGUCCCCAUGGUCCCCGAGCUGGUCCCAUCCGCCCGCCUCAUCCCUGUCCCCUGCUGCCAGGCAAGCAGUGAUUUUCCAUCAGUCACCGGCUGUCUCGAUCAGCCAGGCUCUAAUUAAGUAUCGGUGUUGGCAGCCCUUAAUUGCCAAGCGGUGGGAGGGUGGUGGCCCUGCUGCGCCCACAGCCUCUGUAAUGAGCGGCCAUGCAAUGGGGACGGGCUGGGGGGAUGUACUGCUCCAGCCUCACCCCAAAGCUGUGCCAGGGUUACCCUGUAGGAUGGGGGGCAUUGCCCAAUGCUGAGCUGGGUAUGAGGGUUAGCCCAUGCCCAGCUGGCCAGCUAGCUCCCUGAGUCACCCAGAUAGCCUGUUGGCCAACUGGCUACCCAGCUAGCCAGAAAGCCUGAUGGUCAACCGGCCAGUCAGCCAACCAGCCAGUCUGCUGGCCAUCAAGUCAACCAGAUAGCUAACCAGUGCAGCGCCAAGCCACCCACCAGCCAGCCAACCAGGUGGUUGACCAACCAGCUAGCCACCUGCCAGCUGGCCCACUAGCCAGUUGCCUAGCCAUCCAGCCAGCCGCACCAGCCACCUUGGCCCACUCUAACCAAGCAGGCAACCAAAGAGCCAGUGGGGUGUCUGGCCUGCUGUGGGUGCACAGUGGCUGGAACCAUGGCCAAAGCACUUAGCAGGGACAAGGGAGCACUGUGCUAGGGCUUGCCUCAGUUUCCCCUUCUGUUUCUUUCUCUCCAGCUCCAUGUUGCUGUCACAGUGUCCGGACACCAUACCACACCAUCGCUUGUCUGCAAAACUCCUCAUUAACACCUUCAUUUAAUCAGCUCUGCUGCCCAACGAGGCGGUCACAGUGCCCUUUCUCAGUGCUGGAAGGGCUGCAGGUCUGAAGGGAUAGAGGGAUGCAUGGAGGAAUGGAUGGAGAGAUUAAGGUAUGAAAGAAUGAAUGGAAGGAUUGAUGGAUAGAGGGAUGGAUGGAUGGAUGAAUGGAGGGGUGGAGGGAUGGGUGGAAGGAUGGGCAAAUGGGUGCAUGCAUGCAUGCAUGGAAAUGUGGAUAGAUGCAUUCAUGCAUGGAUGCAUAGACGUGUGGAAGAUGGGUGGAUGGGUGGGCAGGUGUAUGGGUAGAGGGAUGAAAGGAGGGAUGGAUGGAUGAUGGAUGGAUGAUGGAUGGAUGGAUGGAUGGAUGGAUGGGUGAUGGAUGUGCAAACGAUAUGGGGUUAAAUUGAUGCAUGGAUGCAUGGGUGGGUGGAUGUGUGGAUAGGUGGCUGUGAAGAAUACAGUUGUGUGCAUUGGUGGAUACAGGUAGGGAUAGAGGGAAGUGUGCAUAAAUGGAAGGAUGUACAGAUGGAUGGAUGGA